AUGAAAUUAAUUUUUGUUACUUUUAUUAUCUUAUCAAUUUUACAAUGUAUAUUUUGUGGAUGCCCAGAUGGUUGGAUAUUUUCACCUCAUGAUUCUAAAUGUUAUAAAGUUUCAAAUACCCUUUCUGGAUGGAAUGUUGGAGAAUAUAAUUGUGCUUUUAUUGGUGGUCAUCUUGCUUCAAUUCAUUCAUUAGAACAAAAUCAAUUUUUAUGGGAAUUAGGAAGACGUAUUGGUAAAUAUAUAUGGGUUGGAGCUGCACAAUUUGGAAAUAAUCCUAAUUAUGUUUAUGCAGAUGGUUCACCAUUUAAUUAUGAAAAAUGGAAUUAUGGUAAAAGACCAUCAUUUAGAAGAGGAAAAAGAUGUAUUAAAAUUGAUACCUCAACAGGUUUAUGGGAACAAUCAUGUUGUAAAAAAAAAUCUGUACCAAUAUGUGUUAAAGAUCCUAAACUUUAUCCAGGUUGGGGAACAUCAUCAUCUGAAGAGAUGAAAAAAAGUACAACAACUUUACCAUCACCUUUUUUAGUUGAAAAAAAAGAGGAAACAGAUAAUUUUGCUGCUGCAGUAGAUGGUUUUCAAAAAGUUUAUAAUUUAUCAAAACAAGAAAAAAGACCUAAUGAUUCUUCUUUUGAAUUUAAAUUAAAAAAUGAAGAACCAAUUAAUGAGGGAAGUGAUGGAUUUGGAAAAGUAAUUAAAUUAACAGAUACUAUGCCUAAUGUUGAUGCUACAAAUCCAAUUCUUGCUAAUCCAGAUAAUAGAGAACGUGUCAUUUUGACAACAAUUAGAAAUGAUAAUGUACCUUUGGAGGCAGAAGAAGGAAAGGAUCGUCUUGAUGGUAUUGUUAGAUCUCCUUUAAAAAAACUUAAUUUCUAA